AUGGUUGACAAGGUGGUUUAUGCUGAUCUGAACCUUCCCAAGGCUGGCCUGGUGCAACCAUCACAAGCCUGCUGUUCCCACCAGUGCCCCAGAUGGCAUCAUGUUGCCCUGCGAGUUGGAGGUGCUGGCUGCAUUGCGUUGCUGAUGGCAGUUGUGGUGCUUAGUGUUUCUGUUAUACAGAGUCCAAAGGCAAAGGCUGAAACUUCUCCAGAGAUGGAGGUGACCCCACAGAGAUCCAGAAACAGAAGCAACUGCAAUUCAAGCCUGGACCGACUGAUGCCUUACCUUAAACAGCAUGUGUGUGAGCCAGAGCAGAGAACAUCUGCAGAGAACCCCAUUUAUCAUUCAAGAGAAAAGCAGUGCUUCCUGUGCCCCAAAGACUGGCUGUUUCAUGACAGCAAGUGUUACAGGUUUUUUGAUGAGAUACAGAAAGACUGGAAUAAGAGCAAUGAAAAUUGCAGUGAGAAGCAUGCCCAGUUGCUGGUGAUACAGGACCAAGAAGAGCAGGCGUUCAUUAAGAAUAUUGUAAAGAAUAAGAAUGCUUUUUGGAUUGGACUGCAAUUUAAUUCCUGCAACAAGGAAUGGUUUUGGGUGGAUGACUCUCCAUUACAGAGAAACAUCAACUCCUUUGUGUGA